GAUCAACAACAUGAAGUAUAUAUCAAGUCCAGGACAUACCAAACAGGAUCUACAAAAAUAUGAGCAAGCACCCACAAAAUUGAAACAGCUUAUCUCACAUGAAAGUGAGAUUUUCUGGCCCAUCACGCGAUCAAUAUGGACAAAAAAUUCAGCAAGUCUGUGAAAUCGUUGGACCCACUGCUCUGGCUCAAAGGUCUGCAGAUGUCUCAAAACAAAGGGAAGAUUGUCUACGAGCGUAUUCCUUGUCGCGUAGAUUACCGGAUGCGUUGCAACCACAUACACAGGCACAACCUGGCCUUUCAAGAACAACUUCCUGCACUUAUAGACACAUAUAUGGAGUGGUGUCUCAACUGCUCAGACUUAACUCACCAAGCAGAGCAUACUAUGGAUCCUAGCAUGGGUGGGAUGGGAUUGCUGAAAGUGGAAGUAGUGGACACAUUCAGCCUUUGUCAAGACAUUAUGGCACCUUCAUGGGCUUUCAAUUUAUACAUGUCUAUUAGGAGCAGGGUAAAAAUGCUGGUCAGGACUGCCUUGAACCCAUGCACAUAUACCAUCAAGGGGGAAGAAGAGUUAAAGUUCCGGAUGCUCUAUACAAUGGAUGGUAAUGACUCAUUGAAGAAAAUUGUUAGAAGGGCCACUCCCGAGGUCAACAACCAGUUUGUAGGCGAGAUUUACAUGGUUCAAAGCGGCGAAUUGGCAAAAUACCCUUUGGCGGUGGUGGAAGAGAUCCUCAACACAUUUGGGGAGGAUAUAGCAGGCGGGUUUGAUAUUAACUGUAAAUUCAAGGCCACCCUCAGUAAAAGCCUACAGGCAAUUGACGCUUACUUUGGACACGAGGAUGAAUUUGAAGUAUACUACAACCUCACCAGCUUCUUGUACAACAACUACCAACAAGCUCUGGAUAUGUUGUCCGAGAGUUCCAUUGGACUUAAAAACACAGUCCAUGACCUUGGUGUGAUGGAUGAGAGUAUUUUGACUUGCUACUUCAAGGCCUGCCAUGCUCACGAGGAGAUCAAGUGGCUCAAUGUUGAGAUUUGCCAAGUUGCCACCUACCUGAGGGACAAAGAUAAGUAUCUGCAAAUAUGUGAAAAACAGAUUUGUCCAGCAAGUCCCGCUCUUGCCUACCAAAUACGCAUUCAUCGCAUAGAACGGGGCUCUUUCAACGCACAUCAUGUAUGCCGUUUAUUGGACAUUGCCAAGCUCCUGGGGUUUAGCGGUAUGAUAGUACCAGGGGAAAGUACACAAACGGGAACAGGUGAGAGUGGAAGUGUUCCUAUGGCAAAGCUACCUUCAUUACUUGUACUUGUGUCUCGUUCCCCUUGUGAUGGACAGCCAAGUGAAGACAGCAUAUAUGAACAAAGGGAUAGCCCAGAGGACCUAGAAGAAGAGGAAGAGGAAGACAAACAUGUUGAGGAGGCCUCUGAAGUUUAG